GGUUUCCGUGCUGACGCACACAAACUGACCCUCCCACCAAGGUCCUUGCCUAUAUAACCCGAUGUGCCGCCACCACCGGUCUUCACCUUUUCUGUAGUAGAUAAAGACUACAACAUGCUGUGGCUGCUUCUAUUCUUUAUAGCUGGCGCUAGUGCGCAAUGUUCGACUGGAGAGUUCCAGUGUAACGACGGACAGUGCAUCCCCGGUAGCUGGGAAUGUGACGACUGGGGAGACUGUUCAGCGGGGGAGGAUGAGGCGACUGCCAACUGUCCCGGUGGUGCCUCCUGUGCUGCGGAUGAGUUCACCUGUGGUCACGGCAACACCUGCAUCCCUAACGACUGGAUCUGUGACGGAGACAACGACUGUGGGGACAUGAGCGACGAGCAGGAGUGCGGCGGCGUCGUCCUGACCGACUGCGGUGGCAUCUACACGGAGGACACCGGCGUGGUCGAGCUCCUGAACUACGGCAACAACCAGGACUGCACCUGGACCAUCACCGUCACGGAGGGCAAGUUCGUCCACUUGGAGUUCACCCAGUUCGACAUCGAAGAGGACAGCACCUGCGACUACGACUAUGUGACGAUUUACGACGGCCCCGAUGCGACCGCUCUGCGGUUGUUCACGGGCUGUGGCGCGGCCAUCCCCGGCGCCAUCACCGCCUCCUCCAACACCAUGACCGUCCGCUUUGUUUCCGACUCGUCGGUGACUGAGACCGGCUUCUCCGCCACCUACACUGCCGUGGAUGAAAGACCCGCUCAAAGUUCUGGCUGCGGAGGCCCAGGGGAGCUGAAGGGCCCAUCCGGUACGUUUACAUCCAUGAACUUCCCGUCCAACUAUGACAACAACGCCCGGUGCAUCUGGGACAUCACUGUCUCAGACGGCAUGGCCAUUCAGCUGACCUUUGAGUCCUUCGACCUCGAGGAUGAUUUGCCCACUUGCGACUUUGACAUUUUGCAGAUCCAAGAGAAUGGACAAGUUCUGGCUUCCAGCUGUGGGUCGGUCGGUCCCAACGUCAUCAGCAACACCAACCAUAUCACUGUCGUCUUCACCGCCGACUCUUCCGUCACGCGUCCCGGCUUUUCGGCAACGUAUCAAGAAGUCGCUCAGGGUGCUACUCUGCCCCCAGACCUGACAACAACAACACAAGCAACAACCCCGGGUACCGGAGGUCUCGGACCCUCGUGCGCAAACCCCGAGAUCCUGCCCGGAGACUCCGGCUCCUUCACUUCCCCCGGGUACCCCGGACACUACGGCAACAACGCCGAGUGCUCCUACAAGAUUUCCGUUACCCCAGGAAAGAUCGUGGUCAUCCGAUUUGAAACCUUUGACGUUGAGAGCCCCUGCGAGUACGAUUCCCUGACCAUCCACGACGGCCCCGAUAGCUCUGCCCCCGUGGCGGCAACCCUCUGCGGAACGUACGGCCGGGAAGUCUCCACCACGGGAAGCCAAGCUUUCAUGGUAUUCAAGACAGACAGCUCCGUCACAGAACAAGGCUUCAGCGGUACCUACACAGCCGAGGAUCCACCACCCACCUGUGCGCCCGAUCAGUUCACCUGUUGGAACGGCAACUGCAUCGGCGCCAUCUUCGAGUGUGACGCAAAGGAUGACUGUGGAGACGCCAGUGAUGAGUUUUUGUGCCCCGGCUCCGACACAUCUUGCGGCAACGGCGCCGUCCAGCCCGUCUUCCCCAACGGCCGUGUUGUGGGAGGCGAGGGAGCCGAGCAGGGCAGCUGGCCCUGGCAGGCGUCUCUCAUGACCUCCUACCACUUCUGUGGCGGGUCCCUCAUCCACCCUCAGUGGAUCCUGACAGCCGCUCACUGCUUCGCUGACGACCCAAAUCCAAGCAGAUACAACGUCGUUCUUGGCAAGCAUCUCUCUGACGGAAGUGAACCAACUCAGGAAACCUUCGGCCUGACAAGGGUCAUCGUGCACGAAGAAUACAACGAUAACCUGAUCAACAAGGAUCUGACCCUGCUGAAGCUUGACCGUCCCGCCACCCUGGGCCAGUACAUCCAUAUCGCCUGUCUGCCCGAGCACGCCAAUGACGAUCCUCCUGCUGGUACCACAUGUGUCACCACCGGAUGGGGAGACACCCAGGGUACUGGCGACGAUCACCAACUGAAGCAGGCCCGCGUUCCUCUGGUCAGUAACGACGACUGUAACGCCGCCAAUUCCUACGACGGAGAGAUCACCGAGUUCAUGAUGUGCGCUGGCUUCCAGGAGGGAGGGCACGAUGCUUGCCAGGGUGACUCCGGUGGCCCGCUGGUCUGCCCCCGCCAGGGCAAGUGGUACCUGAACGGUGUGGUGAGCUGGGGCUACGGCUGUGCCCAGCCUAACUACCCCGGCGUGUACGCCCGUGUCACCUCUAUGUUGGACUGGGUUCUCGACAAGAUGGCUAACAACUAGAGCAGCUAUAUUAAGAGCAGCCACAUAAGCACUCCACAAUACUCGAGCGCGAAAUAAAGUGCUUCUUGAAAUCACG